ACUGUUCUGACAUCGCCUGGUGUUGAAGAAGUUUAAUUAACAUGAGUGACCAGGGGKACAUUUGUCCCCACCUGAAUUCCAUAGGGGAGGUAACCAAGGAGGAGCUUCUGCAGAAAUCCAAGGGAUCCUGCCAGUCAUGUGGAGUGGGAGCUCCCAACCUCUGGGCCUGUCUGCAGAGCGAGUGUCAAUAUGUUGGCUGUGGAGAAACCUUUUCAGAUCACAGCACCCUACAUGCACAGGCAAAUAAACACAACCUGACGGUGAACCUGACCACUUUCAGGAUCUGGUGCUAUGUGUGUGAGAGGGAGGUGUUUCUGGAGCAGAGGCCUGCAGUCGUACCUGCAAUGUCUGCCACACACAUUCCCCACCACUGUAAAGCUAAGGAACACCAGGAUGCAGUUCAUCAACCAGUGAGUCACCACCACCCGUUGAAGGCAGUCCCUAUCGCGGUAGCCGAAGAAGAGUGGUCAGAGUCGGAGGAGGAUGCGCUCAAACCCAGAGGUUUGACAGGGAUGAAGAAUAUUGGUAACUCCUGCUACAUGAAUGCAGCGCUUCAAGCCCUGUCCAAUUGUCCUCCUCUCACUCAGUUCUCUGGACUGGUGCGGACUGACAAAAAGCCUGCACUGUGCAAAAGCUACCAGAAACUGAUCUCUGAGCUCUGGCACAAGAAACGGCCCAGUUACGUAGUCCCCACCAGUCUGUCCCAGGGCAUCAGGCUGGUCAACCCCAUGUUCCGUGGCUACGCCCAGCAGGUAGGGGCAAGCUCCCAGCAGGACACCCAGGAGUUCCUGCGCUGUUUGAUGGACCAGCUCCACGAGGAGCUCAAAGAGCCACUGGCAGUGUGUGGCGGGGAGGGGGAUGAGAGGAGGGAUGGGGGCGACCGCUCCCCCUCCGAGGACGAGUUCCUCUCCUGCGACUCAGGCGCCAGCAGCGACCGGGGGGAGGGAGGGGGGCUGGGGGAGCCCGAGCUGCUCAUUCAGGACGAGUGUGGGGUGGGGCCGAAAGUUGGAGGAGGGGGGACAGGCACGGGCGGAGGGGUAGGCACAGGGGGGCCCAUCUCAGAGAAAGAGAGGCUGAAGGAGAAAAGGGUGUUGGGCUCGCCCCUCCACAGGGGCUCCCAGGAGAUGGACGAGGACGCGGAUGUGGAUAUGACAGCGGCCAAAGAGGGUGGUCUGGAGAGGGGAGCGGAGGAGGAGGAGGGGACCCCCCCUAGCCCUAGGCCACAGGGCCCGAGUCAGACACAGGGGCAGACGCAGAGCAACAGCACUCCAGAGCCAGACAAUGAGGCAUCGAUGCAGAAGCGCCCCCAGUCUCGCCCCUGCAGCCCCGUCCGUACUGUCCAGGAACUGGAUCCUAAACUCUCCCCCAGCCCCACUCGCUCCAGCCCCUUCCGCUCUGCAGGGCCCGCAUAUUCUUUUAAGAAAGCCCAGCUGUUCCUCGGUGCCAGGAAGCAGAAGCAGUCUCGCUACCGCAGCGUCAUCUCAGACAUCUUCGACGGCUCAAUCCUCAGCCUGGUCCAGUGUCUGACUUGUGACAGGGUGUCGACCACAGUGGAGACCUUCCAGGACCUGUCCCUGCCCAUCCCAGGUAAGGAGGACCUGGCCAAGCUACACUCCUCCAUCCACCAGAACCUCCCAGCCAAGACCGCGGUGUCUCUGGACGUCUACGGCUCCCAGGGCUGGAUCACCUACAUCAUGGACUCCAUACGCAGGUUUGUGGUGUCCUGUAUACCCAGCUGGUUUUGGGGUCCUAUGGUCACACUGGAGGACUGCCUCGCYGCCUUCUUCGCCGCUGAUGAGCUCAAAGGGGACAACAUGUACAGCUGUGAAAGGUGUAAAAAAUUGAGAAAUGGUGUAAAAUAUUGCAAAGUACCUCGGCUACCUGAGAUCCUGUGCAUCCACCUGAAACGUUUUCGCCACGGGGUGAUGUACUCCUUYAAGAUCAACAGCCACGUGGCCUUCCCAUUGGAGGGCCUCGAACUCCGACCUUUCCUGGCCAAGGACAACCCCUCCCAGAUCACCACCUAUGACCUGCUGUCCGUCAUCUGUCACCAUGGCACCGCAGGCAGUGGUCACUACAUAGCAUACUGUCAGAACGUGAUUAACGGUCAGUGGUACGAGUUUGAUGACCAGUAUGUAACGGAGGUCCAUGAGACGGUGGUGCAGAAUGCUGAGGCCUAUGUGCUUUUCUACAGGAAGAGCAGUGAGGAGUCGGUGGGGGAGAGGCAGAAGGUGGUGGAUUUAGCUAGCAUGAAGGAGCCAAGCCUGCUGCAGUUCUACAUCUCCAGAGAGUGGCUGAACAAGUUCAACACGUUCACUGAGCCAGGGCCCAUCAGCAACCACACCUUCCUCUGCCAGCACGGAGGGAUCCCGCCCAAUAAGUACCACUACAUUGACGACCUGGUGGUGAUCCUGCCCCAGAACGUGUGGGAGUACCUGUACAACAGUUUUGGAGGAGGUCCAGCAGUGAACCACUUGUACGUGUGUGCCAUCUGCCAGGUGGAGUUAGAGGCUCUGGCCAAACGCAGGAAGGUGGAAAUAGACACCUUUAUCAGGUUGAAUAAAGAGUUCCAAGCGGAGGAGGCUCCUACAGUUAUCCUGUGUAUCAGUAUGCAGUGGUUCAGAGAGUGGGAGAGCUUUGUCAAGGGCAAAGACAAUGAGCCCCCUGGUCCUAUUGACAACAGUAAGAUUGGUGUCAUGAAAGGGGGACACGUACAGCUCAAGCAAGGGGCUGACUAUGGUCAGAUCUCAGAGGAGACGUGGCAGUAUCUCCUCGGUAUCUAUAGUGGAGGGCCUGAGAUUGCAGUGAGACAGACAGUGCCGGCCACCAACACAGACAGCCUGCAUGGAGAGAGGAAGAUAGAGGCAGAGACCAGGGCACUCUGAGAAAUGGUUGACUGUGUUUGACUCCCCUGUACACGAGCCCUCACUGGAGCUGAGGGGGUUGAUUUGCACCUGGGUGAAGAGAAGCCUUAUUGUGAGCACUUUGUAAAAUGUAGCAACGCGCCUUGUUCUAUUACCUGUGCAGGAAGACAUAUUGGUCAAUUAUYAUCAUAGUGUAGUAGAAAAGGUGUUAUUUAUUGAACAAACUCUUAAGAUGUUUUAGUAAGAAAAUAUACAUUGCGUGACACCAUGUCUUCGAAGCUGUUUUGGUAGUUGCAGUAGGUUGGUGACAUCAAAAUCUAAAUUGCUGCUGUACUACUGUAGUAGGUGUGUCAUAUCGUUAAUGGUGUCCUGCACUCGUACGAGAGGCAGAGGGGGGGRAGGGAAUGGCGUGCCGAGGGGCGUGACAUCAUCAGUGUUAAUUGCUACUUGACAACUCGGGUGAACUUGUACUAAUCUUUUUUUGCUGCAGGCCCCAAACAACAAACAUUCAAUGACUACACGUUUGUCACUCCGAGACAAUGGAAGAGGAUGGAUGUAAAAAAAAAUAAAAA